CCGUCGCCUCCCACUGCGCUUCAUCUGUACAGUCACUGUAUCUUUCUCUCUCUCUCUCUCUCUCUCUCUCUUUCCUCUCUCUCUCUCUCUCUUACACACACUCAGACACACGCGCGCGCCGCGGCAGCAUGACCGGCGGUCCUAAAGACGGAGAUACCGAGGAAUACAUUCACUCACCGUUCAUCAGGAAACAGGGGAACAUAUACAAGCCAAACAACAAAGAUAUGGACAGCGACAGCAUCAACGAGAAAACCUUGCAGGACGUCCACACCAAGGAGAUAGACCUGGUCAACCGGGACCCCAAGCAUUUAAACGACCAUGUGGUUAAGGUGGACUUCGAGGACGUGAUCGCCGAGCCUGCGGGCACCUACAGCUUCGACGGCGUGUGGAAAGCCAGCUUCACCACGUUCACGGUCAGUAAGUACUGGUUCUACCGACUGCUGACGGCACUGGUGGGCAUCCCGCUGGCGCUCAUCUGGGGCAUCUUCUUCGCCAUCCUGUCCUUCCUGCACAUCUGGGCGGUGGUGCCGUGCGUGAAGAGCUACAUGAUCGAGAUCCACUGCAUCAGCCAGGUCUACUCCAUCUGCGUGCACACCUUCUGCGACCCGCUGUUCGAAGCCAUGGGGAAGUGCUUCGGCAAUGUCCGCCUCACCACCACGAAGGUGGUGUAGGAGCGCAAGGAAGUGAAGGAAGAAAUAAAGCCUGGGGUGGGGGUGCGGGCUGGGUGGGGGUUAGGUGGUGUGGAGUGGAGAGAGUGGAGGGGAAUAAAAGAUUAAAAAGGAAAGAGGGAGUGAAAAAAAUAGCCCUUCAUGUUGAAGAGGUUGACGUGAAAAGAAUAGAGAGACUUUCCAGUCUCAGGUUAGUGAUUUCAGUCUCCCUAGGGUUAGGGUUAGGGUCAGGGUCAGGGUUAGGGUCAGGGUCAGGGUCAGGGUUAGGGUCAGGGUCAGGGUCAGGGUUAGUCUGGGUUUCUCUACGGAAAUAUGAAAUGUUAAGGAUUUUAUUUCAUUUGUUAGCGUUAAUCACGACACGAGCAGCAGGUCAGCCUUGCAUUUUAUUCCGCUUCCUGGGACAAGGCUGUGAAUCUUAACCUUUUGUUUUUGUCCCGCUUCACUUAUGCUUCAGUCCACAUAUAAACCAUCCAUCGUCUUUUUCCUCCCCGUUUUAUUUUAUUUUAUUUUUGUUAGUUUGAACUAAAACUUAACCUGAAUCCUUUUCAUUCUUUAUAAUUACUUGUGGAAGUUUACUAAAGUUUAUAAAACAGACAUUUGUCUCUGUGGAUCGUCACUAAAACGAAGCCCGGAUCAGGAAACGUCCUUUUGUGAGAGACGUCCUAAAACUUUUAAUGUGGACAAAGCUUAUUAAAAAUAAAACCACCAAAGCGCAGGCGUUGACCUGCUCAUCGACUCCCCCUUCUGUGUAAAUCGACAUAAAACAAGACGGUAAAUAUUUAAACAUUUAUGUUCCAUAGAGAGACGAUCGGCCGAUCGGGAACGAUCGAACUAAUCUGCAAAUGAUUUUUUUUAUUCUAACAAUCAAUAAACGAGAAAUUCGCAUAUAUAAAUGAUUAUAUAAUUAAAGCAGCAAUUUAAAAAGCUUAAAAAAAUCAAGCAGUGUACAGGAUAAUUCGAGACCUCGUGCGUUUCUUUACUUCUUUACUUUUUUUUGCGCGCAAAAUGUCUGUGCGUGAAUUUUAAAACACUAGUCAAGUGUUUGUGUGUUUGUUUGUUUUUUUGCCCCUUCAGGGCUCCGUAUACUUUUUUUUAAUGAUUAAUAAAAUGAUAAAGUGGGCGUGUUCCUGCUGAUUUUUCGAGACUGCCCAUGACACUGCAUGCUGCCGUUGCUGUACCGCGGGCCAAACUCGAGGCCAUUUGACUUUCAGCGUAAAGCUAACACGAGAAAGCGAGAGAGAGAGAGAGAGAGAGAGAGAGAGAGAGAGAGACUGUACCUGCUUUUGCAACACCAAACUAACCAGCUUUGUUUUUUUUUCUUCUCAUUUGAGCGACGUUACAGACCGACGAGCUAAACUAAACUAACUAAAACCUUAGAGGCUUUUUAGAGUCAGCGAAGCCUGAGCUUUUAGCUUGAAGGCACCGCUUUAGCAAACAUCCACUAUAUGAACAUGAAGUACUUUUAUUUUAUUUUAUUUUUUAUUCUUCUUCUUAUUUUUUUUUCACAUAUUGUUCAUAACUCUUUAUCGAUCAGCUGAGGUGCAUUGCGUCACGACACAAGUUGUAUGUCUGUAUUUGUUUGUGCAAAGAGAAAUAAUAUUAAUAAUAAGUGCCUGGACAAAAAAAAAAAAAAUUAAGAUAUCGAAUUCUUCUCUUUUUUUUAUUUUAUUAUUUUUUUAUUUCACACACUGGCAAAAGACUCAAGCUGGAAGAAGCUUAAAGCCCCUUGGACUCUUUGGAAACCGGGGCGCUUUUUCUUGUCUUUUCUACAGCCAUCGAGCUCCGUUUCUUUUCCUUUUUCUUUUCGACUCAGACGCCGUACUGUCUACCUGCUGUCUCUGAGGAUGGGAAAAUGUCCGAUGAAAAGGGCGUCUUGCGAUGGGAGAGCUGUAUUUUAUUUUUUUUUUUACAUACCUUUCCUGCUUUUUACUGUAAACUUCACGCCGUGUACAUUAAAAAAAAAUGAAACCGUG